AUGUCGGCUGCCCCGUCGGAGAGCAGCUGCCGCCGCGGCGGCGCAGUGGAGGAGCAGCGGGCCCGGUGGGAGAGGAAGCGCGGGCGGAUAGCAAAGGAGCUGCUGAGAAGCGAGCAGAAGUACCUGCAGCGGCUGGAGCUGGUGGCCGCCUUCUUUGUGGCCAUCCUGAAGGCCAAGGAGACCCUGAAGCCAGCUGUGCUGGAGGCCCUCUUUGGACCCUGGGAAUCUCUCUGCUCAGCCAGCAGGACUCUGAUUCCUCAUCUGGAGAGAGGCCGCUUGGCUCUGGGGCUGGAGCGCUUCCAUCCCCAGUUGGUUCUCUACAGCCGCUAUGCUGAAAACUUUGCCCAGGCCAAGGAAACUUUGCAGAAACAAGUGAGGAAGAACAAAUCCUUUGCCCGCUUCAAGAGGCUUCAAGAGAUGCGUCCUGAAUUCCAGGGCUGCCGGCUGGAAGAGCUGCUCCCUCUGCCCCUCCAGAGGCUCCCUCAGUACAAGUGCUUGCUGGAACAUCUGGUGGAAAACACCCUCCCAGAAAGCCCGGAUUUUGGGCAGCUCACAGGAAUUUUGAAGUCUGUUUCUGAGGUGUUUCAUCAAGUCCAAAAAAUAUCUCGCUUCCAUGAGAACUCCUGCCAGAUGAGCCGGGUUCAGAAACUGCUCAAAGGACAGAAGAUUCAGUUGUUAGCUCCAGGCCGCUGGUACCUCCAGGAAGGGUGGCUGACGGUGGUGCCCUCCAAGGGGAAGGAAGUGCAGCAAAGGAUGUUCUUCCUCUUCUCAGAUAUCUUGCUGGUGACAAAGCCUUGCCACCCGCUGCAUCCCUGGAAUUCGCACAAAUUUGCUUGUCAGGCUUCCUACCCGCUCAGCCAGUGCACACUGACCAAAGUCUUUGGCCACACCCAGUGUCAAGGAGGGCUGCUCAGCCUGUCUUUCCCACACAAGAAGCUGUUGCUGAUGUCCCAUGAUCAGCAGAACUUGAACAAGUGGCAUCAAACUCUGGGGGCUGCCAUCAGGUGA